AUGGCAAGACCUGGCCGCGAGGAGGAUAGUAGCACCUCUUCCAGACGAACCCCAAUCCCAUCCAAGCGCAAUGACACAGCGAUCUCCAAAACCAGUGGCGCGAUCGAAAACGAAGUUAUCGUCGCAUCGAACACAAAUGCCAAUCCUGGCAACGCCGAAAAGCCCACGCCCAAUCCCACCACCACGUCGGCUAUCGACUUAGAAGACAGCGACGGUGAUGAAAACGAAGGGCGCAAUAACACAGUGGAACCAAAAGCUGCUUCUAGCUCUGAUCUCUCAGCGACUCCUGCGGAUGAGCUCUAUACACCGCUGCUCAUGUUCAUCUGCGAACACGGUUUCAUGCGAGAGAAACAGUACCCCGUUACGCGAUCCGUGCGGGCUCGAUUCGUUCGUGAUGUACGUGCAGAGGCGCGGAUACUUGGGUUCGAGCGGGCUAUUGUCGAUAGGGUGCUUCUUGACAUCAAGAGGUAUUACCUUACAAAGGUCGGACAAUGCCAUGUGUUUGAUGAGGGGGCUGCGUUUGGAGAGGAGGUUGAUGAUUCGAGCUCAUCUGAAGGUCUGGACGUGAAGACAGGGCAUUUGAACCCGCAAGAAAAGCGCAAGCGGAAGCGGAGCAGCGGCGAAGAACCUGCAAAGAAAACAAUCAAAAUUCCUGUAAAAACCACCCAAGGCAACACCAAAAGGUCCUCGAUGUCCAAAAAGGGUGAGAAGGAGACAAAACUGCAAGUUCGGCCAAAGAAGAAAAAACGUUCCUCGAAAGCAUCUUCAAAUACGAAGGCUCUCAAGGGCGGUGCAGCAUUCGAAGACCCUAUUGUGCUGGAUUUUUAG